AGGGAGGGAGGGAGGAGCUGGAGCCGGCAGCCGGGGCGGGAGGCCGGCCCUUCUGUCGCGCAGAGCUCCGCAGCCGAGGAAAGGACCGCGGGCAAGAUUUCUAGCAAACCUCGACGGGGCGCGAUGGCUCCUCGCGUCCGGCUGCUCAGGCAAAGUUAGAGGGGUCGGGAAAGUAGAGGAGUACCGCCACAGCACCUCGCGGGCCGCCCACCUUUCCUUUGCAAGGCACCCGACGGAGCGGACCGCCGAGAGACGCCGGAGACUCCCGGGAGGCCGUCGGGGCGAGGCGGGCGGCCCCCGUAUGGCUCCCUCCAGGUGUUGAGGGCCGGCCGGCCGGACAGGCUGCCGUCGGAGGCGCAGGCGAUGGCCCUGGAGCGGGCGUUGCAGGCCGCCCGCCAGGGGGACGUGGACACGCUCAAGGCGCUGCAGGCCGACGGGCAGCUGCUGCCGCCCGCACAGCUCCGCGACGCGCUGGGCGCCUCUCCUGCUCACCACGCCGCCCGCGCCGGGAAGCUGAAUUGCCUGCGCUACCUGGUGGAGGAAGCGGCGCUGGCCGGCAACGGGCGGGCUCGCAAUGGGGCCACGCCGGGCCACGAUGCCGCCGCCACCGGCAACCUGGCCUGCCUCCAGUGGCUGCUCACCCAGGGAGGGUGCCGAGUCCAGGACACAGACAACUCUGGUGCCACCGUCUUGCAUCUGGCUGCCCGCUUUGGGCACCAUGAAGUGAUCGACUGGCUUUUGCGCUUCGGGAGCAGCGACCCGCUGGCAGCCACAGACACGGGUGCUUUACCUGUUCACUAUGCAGCAGCCAAAGGAGACUUCCCUUCCUUGCGACUCCUCAUUGGGCAUUGCCCCAGUUCGGUCAGUGCCCAAACCAAGAAUGGUGCCACACCUCUCUAUUUAGCUUGCCAGGAGGGCCACCUGGAAAUCAUCCAGUACUUGGUCAAGGACUGCGGAGCGGACCCCCACCUACGCGCCAACGACGGGAUGACCCCUCUCCACGCCGCCGCCCAGAUGGGCCACAACACCGUCAUCGUCUGGCUGAUGAGCUUCACGGAUAUCAGCCUCUCCGAGCAAGACGACGACGGUGCAACCGCCAUGCACUUCGCCGCCAGCCGAGGCCACGCCAAAGUUCUCAGCUGGCUGCUUUUGCACGGAGGGGAGAUCACCACGGACCACUGGGGCGGGACCCCCUUGCAUGACGCGGCUGAAAACGGGGAGCUGGAGUGCUGUCAAAUCCUCGUUGUGAACGGUGUAAACUUGGGCAUUCGCGACCAGGAUGGCUACACGGCGGCCGACCUUGCAGACUACAAUGGGCACCUGCAUUGCGCCAAGUACCUGCGCACGGUGGAAAACAUGAGUGUGGAGCACAGGGUCCUUUCGCGGGAUCCUUCGACGGACCUGGAGUUCAAGCAGCCGGACUCUGGGAUGUCGUCGCCCAACACCACCAUGUCUGCCCCGCAGGCCCACUUUGACCUCGGGUCCCCCAGCAGCACCCUCUCCAACUACGACUCCUGCAACUCCAGCCAGUCUAGCACCGGGGAGAAAAGGAACAGUCAAGGCUGCAGAGUUCCCGGUACGACGAUCACAGAUAUGCAAACCUACAUGGACAUGCUGAACCCCGACCUCGCCCCCGGGAACAGCAAGAAGGGGGGUGAGGCCUCCCCACCCCCACCUCCAAACUUCCCGGCGCCUCCCCCGCCCCCCGACACCAAGGUGCUCCCUCCUCCUCCUGGCUACCCAGCGCCAAACCCCCCAGAGGUUCAGCACACGGCCGAGAUCUACGUGCAGGCGAAGAACAAUCUCCGCCAUGUGGAGAGCGAAGCCCUCAAGAGGGAGCUCACCUCGCUUGAGAGCAGCCCAGAACUGCGGCGUGUUGACUCUAGCAGGAAAUCAAGGAACUUCAACAAGCAGCCCAGCACCGGGGAUUACUACAAGCACCUGGGCAGCGGUGGUAGCGUGGGAGAGCAAACCGGGAACAACCGCAGGAUGGCGCACAGUGAGGAGGCUUCCCUUCUGUCCAACGACAACGUGCAAAACGGGAGCCCAGCGGAGAACAAGCCUUCCGGGGAGAUGCCUCCCCCUCCUCCUCCCCCACCCCUCCCCGAGGGCGUCUGCCCCCCACCGCCACCCCCUCCAUUGCCAACAGAGAACCACCCUCCAUCCACCAGCCAGCGGCGAUCAUCUUCCUCCACUGGAAGCACCAAGUCGUUCAACAUGAUGUCCCCGACCGGUGACAACGCAGAGCUGCUGGCAGAAAUCAAAGCCGGGAAGAGUCUGAAACCUACACCCCAGAGCAAGGGCUUCACCACCAUCUUCUCGGGCUCUGGCCAGACAGCCACCAACGUCGAGGCUCCUGCAUCUUCCCCUUCCCCUACUAGGACACCGACCCCUCCGUCCACCCCGGAUGCGCCUCCCGCGCCCAGACCGGCGGCCUCCCCGGAGCCAGUGGUCAAUGGCUCCUCGCUGUCACCCUCCUCGUCAGCCGCGGCUGGCCAGGUGGACAUUGAGGCCCUGAUCCCCACCCAUGAUGAGCAGGGGAGACCCAUCCCGGAGUGGAAGCGCCAGGUGAUGGUCCGCAAGCUGCAGGUGAAGAUCCAGGAAGAGGAAGAGCAGAGGCGCAAGGAGCGAGAGGAAGAGGCUCGACUGGCCACCAUGCCCGCCUGGCGGAGGGAUAUCCUGCGCAAGAAGAUGGAGGAGGAAAGAGAGCAAAAGCGAAAAGAGGAAGAAAAGCUGCGGCGAGAAGAGGAAGAGAAGGAAAAAGAGCAGUCAGAAAAGCUAAGGACUCUUGGGUAUGAUGAAUCCAAAUUGGCGCCUUGGCAAAGGCAGAUCAUCCUCAAAAAAGGAGACAUAGCGAAGCACUAGGACCCGGGCGUCCUUCAAUCUGCCCACCUGCCUGGUUCCGCUGUGCUUGGAGAUGCUUCCAUCCUGUAGAUCUCAGACCCUGUGAGCUGUUUGAGAGGAGGAGAAGGAGGAGGAGGGAUGUUCCUGCCCACCCCUACCCCACUUCCUGUUUCUGGGCUUCUCUCUCCUCUCAGCAAAACCACACACACACCUCCUUUACCUAUGCCAUCUCUCUCCAAUUGCUCGUUCCCCCAAUUCUUCUUAUUCAUUUUGUGCCCAUUUUCAGACCAGCCCUACCCCCACCCCUCAACGUGAAGACAGGCAUAACAUUCUUAAGUUUUGCUGGAAGUGAUGUGAAACUGUACCCUAAAAUAUAAUGUACCGUUUUCUGUCCUGGAAUGAAAAGAAUGAAAGAAAAACCAGAACACCCAUGUACCAGUUUUCAGUGUGUCGGGAAGCACCAGGGAUGAGCACUGACUGGCUAGCACCUGGGACUUCACCAACCCUGAGAAAAGUUUUGCAACUUGUUAGUAUUUCUGAAUUGAAUUAAUGUUCACAAUGCCUUUUUAAGAAGCAUUUGAAGCAGGGAGGUGGGUGACGUACUGAAAGGUGGGGAAGGAUGUGCAUAAAUUCACUUGUGUGUAAGUCAAGCUGAAGCUGAUGUCACACCUUGGGGGAGUGGGAAAACUGGCUGUCCGGAGUGUUAUGUCUGUCUUCACCCUAAGGCUAAGUUGAAUAUGAAAUCUAGCCACAUGGCAACCUUAGCAACUUACAACACCCUCCACCCCCACUUGGCUGGUAUGAUAUCAACUGCUUAAUGUCCAAAUGUCCAUCUGUGCAAUAAAAUAAUUUCUCCAGA